AUGUCACAAAGUCACAACUAUUUUGUAGGUCAACGAGUAUCGUUUCAAGGGCAAUUAUGCACGAUCCGAUAUAUUGGAGAGGUGAAGGGUACAGAGAAGGAAUGGCUAGGGGUUGAAUGGGACGACCCUUCGCGGGGUAAGAAUGAUGGGAAAGGGUACUUUGAAUGUUUGAGCAAAGCACCAAGUCCAGCAAGUUUUAUACGUCCUACCAGAAAAUCAGAUCCCGAGCAGAGCUUUGUGGAAGCGGUAUUUCAUAAAUAUGCCUCUGGAGAUGGCCUGGAUCCGAGCAAGCAAAUUGUGAUAUCUGGAAAAGUAGCAGAGGAGGUUGGGUUCGAUAAAGUUGCACGGCAGCAGGCUCAGGUGCAUGAAUUGAAAAUUGUCCUAGUUGAUGGACAACGCAUUAAUAGGGCUCAUACCAAUUCUCAGACCGAAGAGACCUCUGCUACAUCAGGGUCAGAUAGAUCAGUGGUAGAUCUUACUGUUGGUGAAGCAUUUCCAAGUAUAGUUGAGUUGGACUUGAGUAGGAAUUUGUUCGGAUCUCUGCAUGAGAUAGAAAUCAUUUGUGGGCAGUUGAAGAAUCUGAGAAUCUUAAGAUUAAACGGAAACAGAUUAAAGCUUGACACAAGCAAAAUCUUAGAUGCAGUUAUGAUGGGAUCUACUGAAGAAGUCUUCAGUAUGAUUAAGUCUUUAGAAUUAGAUGAAACCCUCAUUGAUUGGAAUGAACUUUGCAUACUCAUGCAAAGGUUCACCUCUACGGUAUCUUUGACGGCAUCAUCAAAUGGCUUUCAAAAAUUGGCCUCACCUCUCACGAAUUGUUCUCUUGCCUCUUUGACUCUUGAGUAUAAUGACUUCACGUCAUUGACAGAUCUGGAGGUAUUGACUCAACUCACAUCCCUCGAAUCGUUACUUCUUAAAGGAAACAAAAUAUCUACAACAGGAACGAUGUCAGGGUCAGGUUCUGUUAAAACAUUCACGCCAUUAAUUUUCAAUGAGAAGUUGUCAUACAUCGACUUAUCUUACAACAAAAUCGACAAAUGGGGUUUUGUGGAUGAACUCGUCCAUAUUUUUCCUGGCAUGACAUCUUUGCGAAUAUCUAAGAACCAAAUCUAUCAAGAAAAGAGCGACGCUUCCACAAUGGGUAGUCUUAAUGAGGAAUUUAUGUUAACAUUAGCACGUCUUGGGAGCCUUCAAAAAUUGAACUUUAGCAGCAUUACCAUUCAAGAUCGAAAUAACGCAGAAUUAUUCUAUCUUUCCGAAAUUGGCAAGGAACUUGGAGCUGUGGAAUCAGAUCAAGAAUCUAUAGUGAUUUCCAGACACAAACGAUACAAAGAGCUGUGUGAUCUUCAUGGUCCUCCGGUAGUAAUGAGGAAAGAGAAAGCAGAGAUAAAUCCAGCUUUUCUGGAAGCACGUUUGAUUAAAUUCACAUUCUACGUUCCAGCAAAUCUAGAAAUUGAUCAAAAGGAAACCACAAUAGUGAAGGAAAUUCCUAAGGCGUUUAGUAUUUACCGUGUCAAGGGAAUUGUGGGAAGAAUCCUAGAUUGGAGACCCUUGAGCUUGAAACUUAUUUGGGAAACGGGAGAAUGGGAUCCAGUAGCGGGAUAUGAGGAUAUUGAUGAGUAUGAUGAGGAUAACGGCGUAGACAGGGAUGCAGAUGUUUUUACACCUGUGAACUUAUCCGAUGAGAUUGGAAAACAAUCAAGAGGAAAUGAAUCUAGCAUGGAAAUUGACAAAGUUGCGGUACAAACUCAUGAACGAUCGGGAGAUUCCACAACAGGUAAAUUUAUGAAGAGAGAAGUAGAGUUGGAGGAUUCAACGAAAGAUGUGGGGCUUUGUGUGGAUGGGAUGGAGGCGAGGGUUAGAGUGCACAAAGCACAAUAUUAA